UUUUUACGUGGUUUUUAUCGAAAAUUUUCAUUUCAAUUGCAUGUUGUAGCUGAAGUCGGUUUCGACCGGAGCGUUGACUGCUGCAUUGUCUGAAAUAAAAGGAGUCGUCGCUUUAAACGACGCUAUAGGCGGACAACUUGUUCUUGGUCAACCGAUGAAAGUCAUUUUCCACGACUUGGGCGAUGACAUCAGCAAUUUCGUCAAUGGGAAUUCGAGACUUGUUGAUAAAACUUGCACGGAGUACUCGAAGAUGAAGCGUAAACUGGAUGGCGUGGCAUCAAAUGAAAUGCCGAACGAAACGGGAUUUUUCUCGAGCGAGAAUAGGAUGAUAAAGCGACAGCGAAAAGAGCUUGUUAUGGAUGUGCUGAUGGAAGAGAAAAACGAGAUCCAUCAAACGCUUAUUGAAAUGGUGGUGGAUGUGAAGAACGCGGGCGACGAAGGUGGGGCCCACGUUAGGUUUUCGUAUACUCCCGUUGGAUUCUCGAGGAAUAUUCCUCAUCUGCUUCUGGAUUUGAUUGUGACUGCUGAUUAUCCCAACUCGUCUCCUACUGUAUCGGAAUCGAUGCCUAUUGGUUGUGGUGAUGAAUGUAUGUGGAAGAAGGCGAAGUCGAACUUCGGUUUAUCGAUUAAGAAAAUAUCCGAGCCGGUAUCAAUUAAAGAAAUGGCUCGAGCGUGGGAUUUUUGUGCUCGGGAAGUAUUUCACGAAUUUGCGAAGAAAACGGGAGGAGGUAACUUCAGUUCAAAAUACGGUAAUUGGGAAAAUUGUGCAGUUGCUGCGGUAUGAUGUACAUUUUUUGCGAUAAUUUUAAAUGCCGGACGAGACAAUUAAUUUUUUUUUUUAAUAGUUAUACAAGACAUUGAAGAUUCGAAUAAAACGAGAGUUUACGUUUAUACAUUUAGUUUUUUUCGAUACAUCCUUAAAUCGUUAAAUCGGUACUAGGAGAGAUAAUUGUAGGGUAUUAAUAGUUUAAUUAAUACUACACCACAAGAGCGCGAAAAGAUGCGCAUAUAUUAAGGAAGAGAAACGGAGAUCCGCUUAGUUGUUGCAAGUCCACUACGUAGAAUUCUUCGGUUGCUUUGUAGAGCUGAGAAAAUAAAAUUGAUU